AUAUAUAUAUAUAUAUAUAUAUAAGAAAAGCCACAGUAAAGAUAUACGGACAUGAAAUAGAGAAAGAAGAAGUUGACAAAACUAUGGAGAACAAAAAUUCCGAAAGGUCUUUUCUUGGAAUUCCAGUUAAGGAGGAGAAAACAACCAUUUCUAAUGGUGAUGAAGAAGGUGCUUCUGCAGAAAUAGACAAGGCAAUCUUGGCAACCACCACGGAUCAAUCAGCUACGGAGACAAAUACAGAUGGUCACCAUUCGCCUCCUAAUUCAACGCUUAAGAAUCAGGAGGAUCAACUAAAAUCAGCUAAAGCAGAAAUGGGGGAGGUUAGAGAAGAAAAUGAAAGACUAAAAGUGUUAUUAGCAAAAAUUGUCAAGGAGUACCAGUCCCUCCAAACGCACUUCUAUGACAUUCUUCAACAAGAAGAAGCUAAGAAACCUAAGGAAACUACCACUGCUCUUGAUCAUACCCACCAAGAAAAUGAAGAACCUGAACUUGUCUCCCUUAGCCUCGGAAAAACCUCAAGCGAUCAGCCUAAAAAGGAUGAGAAAAAGGCGAGCAAUAAUAUGAUCAAUAAUGGCAAAGAUGACGAGGAAUUCGAUGGAGGACUUGCCCUAGGGCUCGGUUACAGGUUCGAGCCUGCAAGAUUAGCAUCCGAGAUUUUGAAGAACAAUUCAAGCUCGGAUAAUAGCCUUGAAGAACUCAAUAAGGAAGAUGAGCAAACUGAUCGAAAAUGGUCACCGAGCAAAAUUCAAAAGACGACAAAAAAUGGAGAUCAUGAUGAGGUUUCACAACAAGCUGCGUUGAAGAGAGCUAGGGUUUCGGUCCGAGCUCGUUGCGAUGCCCCAACUAUGAACGAUGGAUGUCAAUGGAGAAAAUAUGGUCAGAAAAUAGCAAAAGGAAAUCCAUGUCCAAGAGCAUACUAUCGUUGCACAGUCUCACCAAAUUGCCCUGUGAGAAAACAGGUCCAAAGAUGUGCUGAAGACAUGUCAAUAUUGAUCACAACCUAUGAAGGAACCCAUGACCACCCACUUCCCAUUUCAGCAACAGCCAUGGCUUCCACGACUUCUGCCGCUGCUUCAAUGCUUCAAUCAUGCUCUUCAACCUCUCAACCAGGCGGCUUCAUGAACUCAUCCAAUGCUCCAUUAAUGACCACCUCAUCUACACCUUCCAAUAACACCAUCCAUGGAUUCAAUUUCACUUCCUUGCACAACUCAAAAUCACUGCAACAACAACAACAACAACAAUACUAUUUCCCAAACAGUUCAAUCUCUACCUCCAAUGCUCAUCCAACCAUCACUCUCGAUCUCACUGCUCCUAAUUCCAAUUCAAGAAUAUUCUCUUCUCCUUUCUCUUCCGCACCAAGAUUUUCCUCAACAUCUCUGAACUUUUCCUCUUCUUCUUCCUCUUCUUUAGAUUUCAACAACCUGAAAACACCAUGGAUGUCCAAUCAAAGUAGCUACUUCAACUAUGGAAGUAAUGCUCCAUAUAAUCAGAGUAAAAACCAGUCCAGCUUUCUCAACAACAAUGGAAAAAGGCCAAUAUUCCAAGAACCAGCAUUUAUGAUGAACAAUGUCAUUCAGAAUGCUUCUAAUUCUCAGCAGUCCUUGACGGAGACAAUAGCCGCUGCAACCAAGGCCAUCGCUUCGAACCCGAAAUUCCAAUCGGCUUUGGCCGCGGCUCUUACGACGGUGGUUGGUAACAGUGGAAAUGGGGUUGGUAAAAAUCAAGGUGGUGCUGAUCAGGGUUCUACAGGGAUGAGCUUGAAGUGGGGUAAUGAGACUUCGACAGUGAAUUCACUUUUUCCGGCUGGUAAGAAUGGGAUAGGAGGGUGUGGUUCUAGCUGCUUGAACAAAUCGUCCAGCACUAUGAAUUCUCAACAGCUACAGCAAGGGAAUAAUUUGAACCUUUUACCUCCUACAUUAUCACUUUCUACAUCAAAAAGUGCUUCUUUGUCUCCCACAGAGAAUAAUAGGGAUUUUUAGCUUAUCAUUUAGAUUGAUUUUAUGUUAAUAUUUCAUGUUUGAUUAGUUUUUUUUUCUUGGACAGAAUAAUGUUUGAUUAGUUGGUAGUAUCUGAUGACAAUAACAAAGAAAACUAGCUAGGAGAGUGCCGUGUAAAUUUAGGCAUUCAUACUUGUUUUGGUAUUGAAUAUUUAAUUACGAGAUAGAUUGGUUAAAAUUAAUGUCUAAUCUUGUUUUUAGAGUCAGCAUUAUUUAAUUGUGAGAUAAAAUGUAUUUGCUUCUUA